UAUGUAGUCACCUAUGACUCUUCCCCGUUCAUUUGGCGUCCCUGAUUCAGGGCUAGGCCCUGGUUUGACGAAGAUGGUGGCCUGAGGCGGCGAGGAGGGGUAGCGCCGAAAUAAACCCCGCUACAUUAUCCAUCUCUCAAAUUCUUCCCGCCCACCUUCUCCUCCUCUUGACAUCCUGCCGGCAGCUCUCCCCCCGUCUCAUCUCGAGCCUCAAUCCGCCAUCUCCUCGCGAUCUCUAUCUUGCUUGUCGUGGAUAUCCAGGACAGCGCACGAUAGACAUCUACACUCAGGUGGUUUUUUGAUCCCACCCUCGAGUCUUCUCUACAUCAGCGCUCCGGCGUCUUUCGAAAAAAUCUUCAAUUAAUCAGCUUUUCGAAGCCCCACCGCCAACAUGGUUAAGUGAGUAGAUUUAUCUUCUGUGAAUCCCUUCGUCGCUGCAGGUCGUCGGCGGUAGCCAUCUGCAGAUGAUUUACCAACGUCGUCGACGACAUCAUCAUCGCCCCCGCGUCGCAGGGUUGAAUGCGACCACUCUCGGAGAUAAGGGCACUUUGAGAAAAACAGCUGCUAAUGGGUCUUGCAAUGCAGCUUCACCGUCGAAGAGGUGCGAGAGCUGAUGGACAAGCCUACGAACGUUCGUAACAUGUCCGUCAUUGCUCACGUCGAUCACGGAAAGUCCACCCUCACCGAUUCCCUUCUCUCCAAGGCCGGUAUUAUCUCUGCCGCAAAGGCUGGAGAUGCCCGAGCCACCGAUACCCGUGCCGAUGAACAGGAGCGUGGUAUUACUAUCAAAUCCACGGCCAUCUCUCUGUAUGGUCACUUGGAGGAUGAUGAGGAUAUCAAGGAGAUUACCCAAAAGACCGACGGAAAGGAUUUCUUGAUCAACUUGAUCGAUUCGCCUGGUCACGUUGAUUUCUCAUCUGAAGUUACUGCUGCUCUCCGUGUUACUGACGGUGCUCUCGUUGUCGUCGAUACCAUUGAAGGUGUCUGUGUGCAAACCGAGACCGUUCUCCGACAAGCUCUUGGUGAGCGUAUUAAGCCUGUUGUCAUUAUCAACAAGGUCGAUCGCGCUCUUCUCGAGUUGCAAGUCUCAAAGGAAGAUCUUUACCAAUCCUUCUCGAGAACCAUUGAGUCCGUCAAUGUCGUUAUCUCCACCUACUUUGACAAGACUCUCGGUGAUGUCCAAGUUUACCCAUACAAGGGAACAGUCGCCUUCGGUUCCGGUCUCCAUGGCUGGGCUUUCACCGUUAGACAAUUCGCCAUGAGAUAUGCCAAGAAAUUUGGUGUCGACAGACUGAAGAUGAUGGAGCGUCUUUGGGUAAGCAUAUUUACACUCAUAAUGUUGAAAUUCCCAUAACUAACCAAAAUCUUUCAGGGCGACAACUACUUCAACCCUGCUACCAAGAAGUGGACCAAGAACGGCACUCACGAUGGCAAGCAGCUCGAGCGUGCUUUCAACCAGUUUAUUCUCGACCCAAUUUUCAGAAUUUUCGCAGCGGUCAUGAACUUCAAGACCGAUGAGAUUCCAACCUUGCUCGAGAAGCUUUCCAUCAAGCUCGCACCAGAAGACAAGGAGAAGGAGGGCAAGCAACUCCUCAAGGUUAUCAUGCGAACUUUCCUUCCCGCUGCCGAUGCUCUUUUGGAGAUGUUGAUUCUCCAUUUGCCAUCCCCAGUGACCGCUCAAAAGUACCGUGCCGAGACUCUGUACGAAGGUCCCCCAGAUGAUGAGGCCUGUAUCGGUAUCCGAGACUGUGACCCUAAGGCUCCUCUCAUGUUGUACGUCUCAAAGAUGGUGCCAACAUCCGAUAAGGGUCGUUUCUACGCUUUCGGUCGUGUCUUCGCCGGAACUGUCAAGUCUGGAUUGAAGGUCCGUAUCCAAGGUCCUAACUACACCCCAGGAAAGAAGGAUGAUCUCUUCAUCAAGGCUAUCCAGCGUACCGUUCUCAUGAUGGGCGGUAAGGUUGAUCCUAUUGAGAACGUCCCAGCCGGUAACAUCUUGGGUUUGGUCGGUAUCGAUCAAUUCUUGUUGAAGUCCGGAACUCUCACCACUAGUGAGACUGCCCACAACUUGAAGGUCAUGAAGUUCUCCGUCUCCCCCGUCGUGCAACGUUCCGUCGAGGUCAAAAACGCCCAAGAUCUCCCCAAGCUUGUUGAAGGUCUCAAGCGUCUCUCAAAGUCCGAUCCUUGUGUUUUGACUUUCAUUUCCCCAUCUGGUGAGCACGUCGUCGCUGGUGCCGGUGAGUUGCACUUGGAAAUUUGCUUGAAGGAUCUCGAGGAGGACCACGCAGGUGUUCCUCUCAGAAUCUCCGACCCAGUCGUUUCUUACCGUGAGACUGUUACUGGCAAAUCCAGCAUCACCGCGUUGUCCAAGUCACCUAACAAGCACAACCGUCUUUACAUGAUUGCUGAGCCUCUCGACGAGGAGGUUUCCAAGGAAAUCGAGGCUGGCCGAAUCAGUCCACGUGACGAUUUCAAAGCUCGUGCCCGUAUCUUGGCCGAUGACUUUGGAUGGGAUGUCACUGAUGCCCGUAAGAUUUGGUGUUUCGGACCAGAUACCAACGGUGCCAACCUUUUGGUUGAUCAGACCAAGGCCGUCCAGUACCUCAGUGAAAUCAAGGAUUCCGUCGUGUCCGGUUUCCAAUGGGCUUCAAGAGAAGGACCUGUUGCUGAGGAGCCAAUGCGAUCUUGCCGAUUCAACAUUAUGGAUGUUACUCUACACGCUGAUGCUAUCCACAGAGGUGGUGGACAGUUGAUCCCAACUGCUCGUCGUGUCCUGUACGCUGCUGCUCUCUUGGCCGAGCCAGGUCUUCUUGAGCCAGUGUUCUUGGUCGAAAUUCAAGUGCCUGAGAGCGCCAUGGGUGGUGUUUACGGUGUUCUUACCCGAAGACGUGGUCACGUCUUCAACGAGGAGCAACGUCCAGGAACCCCUCUUUUCACCAUCAAGGCAUACCUUCCAGUUAUGGAGUCCUUUGGAUUCAAUGCCGAUCUCCGAUCGCACACCUCUGGUCAAGCUUUCCCAACCUUAGUCUUUGACCAUUGGCAAAUUCUCCCAGGUGGAUCGCCCAUCGAUGGUACAUCUAAGGUUGGUCAAGUUGUACAGGCCAUGCGUAAGCGUAAGGGUAUCAAGGUUGAGGUUCCAGGUGUUGAGAACGUAAGUUUAUCCAUCUUUUUCCGUUAUGACAAGAUAAGAGAUAUACUAAUUUUUUACUUUCAGUACUAUGAUAAGCUAUAGAUGUGCGCUAUCUUGGUUGAUAGAUUUUCUCCUCACCAUGUAUGUUUUGCGCGUCUACCUUAGGAGAAGAUUACCAGCAGCUCUUGCAUACGAAACGCCCGAAUCACGAUAUGAUGAAAAAUUGCCGCCCCCGAUGACCCGACUUUUGAUGGAAUGGGUGAUUUGACGGGAGGCCAAAAGCAAAAAUAACUUCACUCGUCAAAGGUGAUCAGUUUCCUCACUUGUUCCUUUCUUUUUUGUUAAGCAAGUCGAGAUUCGGUCCACAUGUAUGUAGCUAGCAGCAUGAGAAUCGAAGAAAAAAAAUUGUAGAACAUGU